ACUGAGGAUAAAUCUCCGACCCAGAUGGACGCAUAUUUUUCAACCAUACCCUCCGUUCAUCCUACUGCUUCAUCCUUCAGCUCCCACAGCAUUGAUGUUGAUGCUCGAUCCCUUUCUUUCAAUCUCAUCGUACCUCCAAGUUUCUCGUUUACCCCCAGCGAUGGCGAUCCGACUCAGACUCAUCCUGCUCCAUCUUCGCUCAAGACAGAGGGUCCGUCCAGUAAUGGUGCGGACAUAGUCAGGGCCGAGGACCUUCCGCCCAUGGGUAUAUCAGCUGCUGAAGGACAGCUCACUAUUAUUCAUGACCGUAAUCCUACAGUCGCUUCCAUGAGGUCGUUUGAUUUGCUGGCUCACAUGCCUCCAUGUGCCUUCACGACUUACUCUACGGACGUCUUCCUUCGCAACCUGAAGGGAAGUCCGCAUGCACAAGAGGCCAAACUCGUCACUGUCAAGCGCUUCGUAAAGAAAAAUGGUGCACGGCAUCGGUGUCUAGUACUACUGACUCGAGAUGGAAUCGGCCUUCGGGUGGACCGUCGUCGAGAUCAUACUCUUUCGUUGCCUCGAUUCAUUCUGCGCCAUGGAAAUUCCGACGCAACAGAUACGGUCACCGUGUCUCAGGACACGCAUCUGCUCUCCGACCGGAGAUCGAAGGAGGAAGCAACACUAGAGCUACCACUACAGGUCUUGCUCCUCGACUUUAUGAGGAUUCUUGAGGUUGUGUUGGAUGAAUGCCAUUCAUAUAGACUAUUCGGGGAGAACUGCUGGUUCGUCGCCUCAAUUCUUGAAGAGUUAUUGGUGGAUAUGUUUGGAGCUCGCUACGCAAUGGGUGAAGCGGCCCGUCUGCCGACGCAUUUGGCCAGAAAAACACGUGUUAGGAUUCGGAACAGGCUUGGGCUUGGGGAGAAUGUCUAGCCAAGGACUUGUUCAAUGACUGUGUCUACCUGUAUCUAAAGGAUUUCUGGCUAGACUCGCAUCUCAAAAAA